UUGUUAUUACUUAUUCAGAAUUUAACACGUAGAGAAAAAAUGAAGAAUUGGCCAUUGAUAUCUCUUUUGUUGAUAAUAUCUUGUUUGAUAUAUAAUGAAGCUACGAUGCGAAGCUGAGAAGAUAUUGGUUUUACAAUGUGUUUUUUUUUUGUGUCUAUCACUACUUUUUAUCAGAUCUCACUGAACCGAUUUCUUUCAAUAAUACGUCAAAAGAUCACAAAUCGUAUCUAGUUGAAGACAAUACCCUUAAAAAUAGUAAAAUUGAAAAUUUUUCGUCGUUCCCCGCAAAUAAGGGAAAUUUUCAACAAAAUUAUAAUUUUUUAAAUCGCAAUUCAAUAUAAAUAUUCGGAUGAAAAAAAAAUAUGCAAAUUUAAAAGAGGUAUGACAAGAACAGCUGCAGAAAUUGGAAACUUAAAAUUCUUAAAAUAUGCUUUUGAAAAUGGAUGUAAAUGGGAUGAAGAUACAACUAUUGGAGCUGCUGCAUAUGGGUAUUUGGAAUGCUUAAAAUACGCUCAUGAAAAUGGAUGUCCAUGGGAUGAAGGCACAACUACUGCAGCUGCCACAAAAGGAAAUUUAAACAUUUUAAAAUAUGCUCACGAAAAUGGUUGUCCGUGGAAUGAAAGCACAACAGAGGCAGCUGCAAGAUAUGGUAAUAUUGAAUGCUUAAAAUAUGCUUAUGAAAAUGGCUGUAAAUGGAAUCAAUUACAUAUCGUUAGAAUUGCAAUAAUAAACAAUAAUCUAGAAAUAUUAAAAUAUGCACACAAAAAUGGAUACAAAUUGAAUGAACUCGCAGCUAAUUUGGCUGUUAUGACAGGUAAAUUGGAAAUUUUAAAAUAUGCACACGAAAAUGGAUGUCCAUGGAAUGAAAGCACAACAGAAGCAGCUGCAAAAUAUGGUAAUUUAGAAUGCUUAAAAUAUGCUUAUGAAAAUGGAUGUCCAUUGAAUCAAUUAUCUAUCGUAAGAAGUGCAAUAUUAAAUAAUAAUCUAGAAAUAUUAAUAUAUGCUCACGAAAAUGGAUACCAAUUGGAUGAACUCACAGUUUAUUUAGCUGCUAUAACAGGUAAUCUAGAAAUUUUAAAAUAUUGUCAUGACAAUAAAUGUCCGUGGGAUGAAGGUACAAUUCGUGCUGCUGCUUCAAAAGGUCACUUACAAAUUUUAAAAUAUGCACAUGAAAAUGGGUGUCCGUGGAAUGAAAGUAUAACAGAAGAAGCUGCUUAUAAUGGUCAUUUUAAAUUCUUAAAAUAUGCUCAUGAAAAUGGAUGUCCAUGGGAUGAAGGCACAACUACUGCAGCUGCCACAAAAGGAAAUUUAAACAUUUUAAAAUAUGCACACGAAAAUGGAUGUCCGUGGGAUGAAAGCACAACUACUGUGGCUGCCACAAGAGGUAAUUUACAAAUUUUAAAAUAUUUACAUGAAAAUGGUUGUCCGUGGAAUGGAGACACAGCUACUGCGAUUGUCAAACGAGGUCAUUUAGAAAUAUUAAUUUAUGCACAUGAUAAUGGAUGUCCAUGGGAUGAAAGUACAACUCGUGCGGCAGCUGAAAGAAAUAAUUUUAAAAUUUUAAAAUAUGCUCAUGAAAAUGGCUGUAAAUGGGAUGAAAGCACAAUGACUACGGCUGCUAGUAAUGGGCAUUUUAAAAUUGUAUUAUAUGCACAUGAAAAUAAAUGUCCAUGGAAUGAAAAUGCACCCUAUGCGGCUACCCUAAAAGGUAAUUUAGACAUUUUAAAAUAUUUACAUGUAAAUGGAUGUCCAUGGGAUGAGAGAACAACAAAAAUAGCUGCUUAUAAUAGUCAUUUUAAAUGCUUAAAAUACGCUCAUGAAAAUGGAUGUCCAUGGGAUGAAGGCACAACUACUGCAGCUGCCACAAGAGGAAAUUUAAACAUUUUAAAAUAUGCUCACGAAAAUGGUUGUCCGUGGAAUGAAAGCACAACAGAGGCAGCUGCAAGAUAUGGUAAUAUUGAAUGCUUAAAAUAUGCUUAUGAAAAUGGCUGUAAAUGGGAUGAAAGGACAGCAACUUGGGCUGCCACAAUGGGUAAUUUAAAAAUCUUAAAAUAUGCACAUGAAAAUGAAUGUCCGUGGGACGAAAACACUACAGAAGCAGCUGUUUCUAAUGGUAAUUUAGAAUGCCUAAAAUAUGCUUAUGAAAAUGGCUGCAAAUGGAAUCAUAAUAGCAUGAGAACUGCUAUUCUAAAGGGUUAUCUAGAAAUUUUAAAAUAUGUUCACAAAAAUGGGUGUCAAUGGGGUGAAGGUAUUAUGCGUGAAGCUGCUGCAUAUGGAUUGGAAUAUCUUAAAUAUGCUCAUAUAAAUGGUUGUAAAUGGGAUGAAGGCACAACUCGAGCUGCUGCAGCAAGUGGCUGUUUAGAGUGCUUGGUAUAUGCUCAUGAAAAUGGAUGUAAUUGGGAUAAAGAUACAAUAGUUGUAGCUGCUGUGCAUGGUAAUUUAGAUUGCUUAAAAUAUGCCGUUCAACAUGGUUGUGAUUGGAUUGAAGGUACGACAAGAGGAGCGGCAGCAAAUGGGCAAUUAAACUGCUUAAAGUAUGCCCAUGAAAAUGGGUAUGAGUGGGAUGAAGGAACAACAAGAGAAGCUGCCGCCGGUGGUUAUAUUGACUGUUUGAUAUUUGCACAUAAAAAUGGCUAUAAAUGGGAUGAUGGAACAAAGAGUGGCGCUGCUGCAAACGGUCAUUUAGACUGUCUAAAAUAUAUUCAUGAAAAUGGGUGUGAGUGGGAUGAAAAUACAACAAGACUUGCUGCUGCAAAUGGUCAAUUUCGUAGCUUAAAAUAUGCCCAUGAAAAUAAUUGUCCGUGGAGUCGAGGUACUAUUUUUGAAGCUACUCGAAAUGGUUAUACCAAUAUAAUUAAUUAUGCUACCAAAAACGGAUGUCCUAAUUAGUUAAUUGUUUAAAUGCCAAUAUUUUAAUUAAAUUUAUUAAUGUUAAUUAUUUACAUUAUUUUCAAAACAAAUUAUCUUGAGAUUUGAUGUGAUUCUAGAAUGAUAUUUAUUUUAUUGACAGUUUUUAUUAUAUUUUACCUGAUUAACAAAUCAUUUUUUUGGAAGUGUGACCAUAAGGGCGGAAUAAAAUAUUGAAAAUGUUGAUAAUUAAAUUUUAAUAGAAAAAAAAAGUUUUAGUUUAGUCUCUUGAUUAUGGAAAAAAAAAAUUUUAAUAUCUUCAGAAGCCGCAAGAGGGUUGAAAAUUUGACUAUGAAAGUAGGUUUUUCGUUUUUGUCACUUAUCUCUUAAUCUAUACUAUUUACAGAAAAAAUUAUAAAAUUAAACUUGUAGAACUAAAUGUUAACUAUAAAAAGUGUUAUUAGCAAAAAAGCCGUAUCUAUAAUACUUUGUCGUUAAAAAUAUAAAAACAUAAUAUUUUUAUCUUUACCAUUGAAAUCGUCUUAUCUUCGAUGCGAAGCUGAGAACGUUUAAUUUUACCUAUCUUCUAUGCGCAAAUGGCUACCGUAUUCAAAAAUAUGCUAUUUUUCUAUUAAAAUUCUAGGUUUUGUAUUUUAUUUUAUUAUAAGGGAAUUACACUGAUUUUCAUAAAUAUUAUAUCAAUCUAAAUGACAUAGUAUCAAAAAUUAAUCAUAUUUAAAUUUUUUUGUUUCUUUGAAGUCGAGAAAAAUAACUUUAAAAUUUGAACUAGCUAAAUUUCCAUUUUUAUUAAGUGACGAAUGAGACGUACAGUUUCUGAGACGGUAACACUUAGGUCUAUCACGCCUGUGGAACUGAAUUUGUU